GGAAUCUACUGACGUGCUCACCUGCCGCUUCAUACAGACCUGACCCUCAAAGGAGCUGUACGCGCUCCAGUGAGACACCGCAUGGGAAUCUCGAGGACUUUUUCCCACUUUUGACUUUCUUUGUGUUGUUGGACCACCUGCGGAAUCCGUUUCAAGUCCCACUUGCUCUCAGAUUCGGUGGCAAGCGGCUGGGAGGAUCAGGACCAGGACCGGGAGCCGGACAAGGAGCAAGGCCGGAAGGAUGUCCCGAGCGGAAGAGCGCGAGGAGACAGACUGCGUUUGCUCUUUCGGGAUGAAGUCCACUUGGGACAUCAAUGACCCCAAACUCCCGCAGGACACAAAGCAUUUUGACGGCUUCCAGGAGUGGACUGAUGGUUACGUGCGUUACAUCUACAGCGCCGAGGACAAGAAUGCUCAGCGCCACCUGUCGGGCUGGGCCAUGAGGAACACCAACAACCACAACUGUCAGAUCCUUAAGAAAUCGUGCUUGGGCGUGGUGGUGUGCUCGCGGGGCUGCACGCUCUCCGACGGUUCCCGACUGCAGCUGCGUCCCGCUAUCUGCGACAAGGCUCGGCAGAAACAACAAAAGAAAGUAUGUCCGAGCUGCACUGGUGCUCUGGAACUGUUGCCGUGUCGAGGUCAUAGCGGAUACCCGGUCACCAACUUCUGGAGGGUGGACGGGAAGGCCAUCUUCUUCCAGGCCAAAGGGGUCCACGACCAUCCAAGGCCAGAGUCCAAAUCUGAGACAGAGGCUCGGAGAAGUUCAGUGAAAAGACGAGUCAACUCGCCGCCUUUUGCACCAAAAAAGCGACUCAUUGAAUCUCAGGCUCUCGGCCCAGCCCUUCUCUCCUGUGUGGAAUCAGCAGACAGGAUCUCCUUCAUCGAGCCAACAUUCCCCCAGCAUUACCCAGCAUUCCAAAGUACAGAACCAUACUAUAACCACCAUAACGCUCUAGGAGAGACAUCACCCGGUCUGCAGAAAACAGCUAGUCCUAGACUCUACAUGGGCAGGCCCAGCUACGAGUUCCCAGGGUACCUGACCUCACCUUCAUAUCCAGUUACCUCAGAGUUUUGUGAUCCCAGGGUGGCCCCAGUCCUUGGCUGUCCGACAUCCUCCGCCUCAGCUCCUCUUUCUUCUUCCUCUUCCUCCUUUGACCCCUCACCAAAACCGGGCUGGAAAGACCUACUGAAGACCUCUGCCCCUUACAGUGACAACCACCAUUAUUACAGUACUGACUACCCCUGCCGCUACACAGGAAACACCCCGGGUUCACCCGCUGCACUGCAGACCAUCAUCACCACUACAACUAAGCUUGUCCCUUUCGGGUCGUGGGGGGUGCUGGAGCCUAUUUCAGCUUCAUUUUGGCGGAAGGCGGAGUACACCCUGGACAAGUUGCCACUUAAUCGCAGGGCCUACACAGAUAGUCAGUCAACAUUGACACUCACAUUCACACACCAUCCAUCCAUUUUUUACCGCUUGUCCCUUUUGGUGUAGCGGGGGGUGCUGGAGCCUAUCUCAGCUACAAUCGGGCAGAAGGCAGCGUACACCCUGGACAAGUUGCCAUCUCAUCGCAGGGCCAACACAGAUAGACAGACAACAUUGACACGUACAUUCACACACCAGUGCUUCUCAAUUAUUUUUGGUUACACCCCCCUGAGAAAGAAGAAAACCUUCUGCGGGCCCCGACCACUCCACUCCGCGUCUAUAAAUAAUAUUGUCUAUAACAGUGGUUCGCAACCAUUUUUAAUUGAUGUACCCCUGUGAACAUUUUUUGAAUUCAGAUACCCACCAAUCAGAGCAAAGCAUUUAUGGUUGAAAAAAGGAGAUAAAGAAGUAAAAUACAGCACUUUGUCAUCCGUUUCUGAUUUAUUAAUUUGUAUUACAGUGCAAAAUAUUGCUCAUUUGUAGUGGUCUUUCUUGAACUAUUUGGAAAAAAAGAUAUAAAAAUAACUAAAAACUUGUUGAAAAAUAAACAAGUGAUUCAAUUAUAAAUAAAGAUUUCUACACAUAGAAGUAAUCAUCAAUUUAAAGUGCCCUCUUUGGGGAUUGUAAUGGAGAUCCAUCUGGAUUCAUGAACUUAAUUCUUAACAUUUCUUCACAAAAAAAAGAAAUCUUUAACAUCAAUAUUUAUGGAACAUGUCCACAAAAAAUCUAGAUGUCAACACGGAAUAUUGCAUUGUUGUAUUUUUUUUUUCACAGUUUAUGAACUUACAUUCAUAUUUUGUUGAAGUAUUAUUUAAUUAAUAUUUCUAUAAAAGAUUUUUGAAUUGUUGCUAUUUUUAGAAUAUUUUUAAAAAAUCUCACAUACCCCUUGGCAUACCUUCAAGUACCCCCAGGGGUACGCGUACCCCCAUUUGAGAACCACUGGUCUAUAAAAAGUACACCUCAGAUUAAAAAAAUUGUAAUAUAUAUAGAUCAACUUACAACAAAGAAAACCUUUAUUGACAUGUUUCAGUCUGUAACAGAAAACAUUUAAAGUGCAUCAAUAUGCCUAAAAUUAAAAAUAAAAUCCUUAUUCAAACUAUAACAUUUUUGACCAAAUUGUGAUCCUGACAAAUAUAAUCAAAUAAACUGAAUAAAUAAUACAAUUCAAAUUGAUCAGCAAAAUUAACCCUGUUAGCACAAUAUAUAAAACACUUAGACCUACCAAAAAAAAGACAAUUUGUUCUGAUGUUUUAUUUUUUGUCAAAUGGAGGAAGUCAGCAAUAAUGGCUGAUAUGAACACGUUUUGUAGUGCACAACUUUUUGGGACAGAGUUUGAAGCAUGACACUGAUACAGCAUGUUCCCCGGGGUCACAUGUGCCCUGCUGGCAUCACAUCGUGUGUCCCCCAGCGGGGCCCACGCCACUAUUUGGAAAGAACUAUGCAUGUACACCCUUUAUAGAGCCUUGGAUUC